AUGGCCACGCGUCAAGCCAAGGAAAUUUAUGAUAUGGAGAAGAGGCACAAAAAGAACAAGGGGGGUCUGUUCAACAACAAGAAAAAGGAUGUCAGGUUAGAAUCCAGAGAGAAAGAAGCCAUACAG